AUGAAAACAAAAAAGCACCAAGAUUGUGUAAAAUCAACUGAAGCUAAUAAAUCAAAAACAAUAGAUGCACCAUUUAGUACAACUACAAAUGAACUUAAUCGCUUGUCUGCUGCCGAAGGAGCAUUAGUAUUCCACGGCGUGAAGCAUUCACAUAGUUAUUUAUCUCAAUCGUGCAGCAUCGAUAUGAUGAAAAAGUGUUUUCCAGAUUCUUCUAUAGCAAAAAAUAUAACAUGUGAUAAAACCAAAACACGUGAAAUAGCUUGUAAUGUAUUAGCGCCACUAUUUACAAAUACAAUUAUUCGAGAUCUUAAAAAUGUUUCGUAUUUUUCCAUUUCUUAUGACGCAUCAACUAAAGGAAAUGCAAAAAUGUUACCUAUUGUUGCACAAUAUUUUUCUACAUUUGGAAUAAAUCAUGGAAUUAUUGAGUUUAUCCAACAACAACAUGAAACAGCUGAUAAAUUAUUUUUUAAUAUUAAAUAUGUGUUAGAAUCCAAUGAACUUAAAUUAGAACAACUUAGUUCAAUUGGAUCAGAUAAUACGAACGUGAGCAUUGGACAACAUCAUAGUGUAUUUGUCUUAUUUAAUCAGUUAGUACCUGGUUUAAUACAAGGUAAUUGUUAUUGCCACAUUUGUCACAAUUCAGUUAAACAUGGAAAUGAUCAUAUUUUAUUUGAUAUUGAAAGUGCUGUGUUGAAAAUUUAUGCUCAUUUCUCCAGGUCAUCAGUUCGUUUAGAAGAAUUAUCAAAUUAUUUUGAUUUUAUUGAACAAGAACAGGAGGUUAUUCUUCAACAUAUUCGUUUACGUUGGCUUAGUCUUUUACAAUCAAUUGAACGUUUAAUUGUUGUUUAUCCAGUGAUUAAAAGUUAUUUUUUGAAUAUUGCACAUCGUCAAUGUCCAAAACUGUUACUAGAAUUUUUUACUUCAAAUAAAGGUGAAUGUUCAUUAUACUUUUUGAAGAAUGUAUUAAUAGAAGUACAAGAAGCUAAUUUACAAUCACAAAGAUAUUAUACAACCGGUGUUAAUUUAUACUCCAUAAUAACAGAUUUAUUACGUGGAUUAAAUAAUCGUUUACGGGAUGAUUAUUUUGGUUCUAAAGUGAUGGACUUAUUAGAAAAAAUUCAACAUACAACUGAAGUUGAUGAUUUAAAAAAAUCAUUUCGAUCAUUCAUUCAAACAGUUAUCCAAUAUAUUGAAAGUUAUUGCCAAGAUCGUUCUUUAUUUUACAAAUCAAUAUCAAUUUUUAGUGAAACAGAUAUUGAAACAAUUGAAUGGAAAAGUAUUGAAUAUUGUACUACAUAUAUUAAUACCACAAAUAUUGAUAAAGAUUGUUUAUACAACGAAUUCAAUCAUAUUCGAUCAAAAUAUGUCGGAAUCAAGGACACAUUUGGUGGGAUUUAUAAACAAGUGCAGAAUUUUAAUUCAUCAAAUUUGGUCUCAACAAAACAAAUUGAUACAACAUUAGAUAAUGUAUGCGACAUCAACGUUCAAAACAACUGUGAUACAGAUAAUGAAGAACAAGAUGUUAAAUUUCAUAAAGAACACAAAAAUCAUUUUAUAAGAUGUGAUCAAUUAUGGGCUUAUCUUCUUUAUGAUGAAAAUGUACCUAAUUUACGAAAAUUAAUUGAAUUUGCUUUUUCAAUACCAGCGUCAAAUGCUUUUUGUGAACCAAUCUUCAGUCAUAUGAAAUUUUAUGGAACAAUCAUCGAAACAACAUGA